GGCGUGACCCGAGUUCCACUCUUAUGUUAAUCCACGGGAAUUAUGGCACGGGAUAAUACUUCCACUUGUUCCGUGCAAACGUCUUAAUAUUCAUGGAGUAUUCCCGCGGACAACUCCUGUGGCUGUUUUUCCUUCCCGAGUCAGUUUUCAGACCAAGAACAAAUAGGAUGCAAUUACAGUCGCGCAAUCCCGAAGCCGUGUGCGUCUGCUGAACAAAAAAAAACCUGCCAUCUAUUGUGGUGUUUCCACAGCUGAGGGGGUGGGGUGACUGAGUCGGAUAGCUCAAAUUGAUGCAUCAUCAGUUGAUUAGAUCUCCCUGAUGAGCGGAGCUCUGGGACCGCAGUCCACUACAGUUCACUUGGCAGCGGAGUUUCAAAGUACUGCCCUACAGCUGCGGGACUUGUGCAGUUACCGGACAAUGAACUAAUCAACGGCCCGGAUCGCCUCAUUACUGUAUCCAUCCCGAACUUGUUAGUCUUGCUUUCCCAGGUGAAGAUGGCGAGAGGACCGGUGGGAAUAAACGCGAUAUCCCUUUCCAUCUGCUGUUUCGCGACUAUCCGCUUUUUAUCCGGGGCUUAUGGCCAGGAGCUUCCGACAAACGGAGUGAACGGGUUUAGUUUGCAUCCCCCGUAUUUCAAUCUAGCUGAAGGCACCAAAAUCACGGCCACCGCAACUUGUGGAGAAGACGAAAACGGGAGAGCAAUUCGGGAUCUGUACUGCAAACUCGUAGGGGGGCCGGUGUCGGGGGAUCCCGGCCAGACCAUCCAGGGUCAGUACUGUGACACGUGCAUGAAAGGAGACAGUGACCGAGCGCACCCCAGCACCAAUGCCAUCGAUGGGACAGAGCGCUGGUGGCAGAGCCCACCUCUGUCCCGCAGCCUGGACUACAAUGAAGUCAACGUUACUUUGGAUCUGGGACAGCUCUUCCAUGUUGCUUAUGUGCUCAUCAAGUUUGCAAAUUCACCAAGACCCGAUCUUUGGGUGCUGGAGCGAUCCAUAGACUUCGGCGACACCUACCAACCUUGGCAGUUUUUCGCCUCUUCCAAGAGGGACUGCAUUGACAGGUUUGGCCAAAGAACGAUUGAGCGCAUAACGAAGGACAACGACGUCAUCUGCACCAGCGAGUACUCCCGGAUCGUCCCCCUGGAGAACGGAGAGAUUGUUGUGUCCCUGGUCAAUGGGAGACCUGGAGCCAUGAACUUCUCUUACUCCCCUGUUCUGAGGGACUUCACCAAGGCCACCAACAUCAGGCUGCGCUUCCUGAGGACCAACACGUUGUUGGGCCACUUGAUGGGCAAGGCGCUACGGGACCCCACCGUCACGAGGAGGUACUACUACAGUAUCAAGGACAUCAGCAUUGGUGGGCGCUGUGUUUGCAAUGGGCAUGCAGAAGCUUGUAAUGCCAAGGAUCCCACAGACCCCUACAGACUGCAGUGUGACUGUCAGCACAGCACUUGUGGAGCAUCAUGUGACCGCUGUUGCCCGGGAUACAACCAAAUGCCCUGGAAGCCAGCUACCACGUACAGUGCCAAUGAGUGUGAACCCUGUAAUUGCAACAAACACUCCUUUGAUUGUUACUAUGACCCGGAAGUGGAUGAGCGCCGGGCAAGUGUCAAUGUAUAUGGGGAGAACCGGGGAGGAGGAGUCUGCCUGGAGUGUCAGCAUCACACCACGGGCAUUAACUGUGAACGCUGCAUCCCUGGAUACUACAGGUCGCCUGACCACUCCAUAGACUCUCCGCUGGUCUGCUCACGGUGCGUCUGUGACUCGGCGUUCACAGACGGCACGUGUGAGGACCUGACCGGCCGCUGUUACUGUAAGCCCAAUUACACCGGGGAGAACUGCGAAGCGUGUGCCGAGGGGUACGCCAGCUUCCCCGAAUGUUUCCCUGUUCCUGCCUAUCCCAACAACAGCAACGGCGAAGCUCUACCUGCAGGGGAAAUAAUAAACUGUGAGUGUAAUGCUGCCGGCACAGAGGGUAACUCCUGCCGCCCAGAUCCCAGUCACAGGGCCUGUGUCUGCAAACCGAACUUCCAGGGAUUUCACUGUGACCAGUGUGCGCCCAAUUAUUUUGGACUCAACUGUCAGCCCUGUCAGUGCACUGGACCAGGGGCCUUGGAAGGCAGCUGUGAUUCUGAGACGGGACAGUGCCACUGCCGUAGUGGGUUUGAGGGCUACCACUGUGACCGCUGUGCUCCUGGGUAUUUCAACUACCCUCUGUGCCAGUUGUGUGGCUGCAGCAUAGUGGGCUCCUUGCCUGAAGUCUGUGACCCAUUUGGCCAGUGUCUGUGCAGGCCUGAGUUUGAUGGUCCACACUGUGAACAGUGCAAGUCUGGGUUCCACUCCUACCCCAACUGUCAAGUUUGCUCCUGUGACCCUCGUGGCUCUGUCGAUGCGAGCUGCAGUGCCUCAGGGCACUGUCACUGCCAUCCCAACUUCUCUGGUGUUUCCUGCGACAAGUGUGCCCCUGGCUACUAUGGUUACCCCAGCUGCACGCCCUGUCAGUGCUCGAUGGAGGGCUCCCGUCACAGCUCCUGCGACCAGGUGACUGGGCAGUGUUACUGCUUGCCCAACGUGGUUGGCCAGCACUGUGACACCUGUCACCCAGGAGCCUAUGGCUUUCCUCAGUGUCAAGUUGGCUCCUGCAACCCAGCUGGUUCCGCGGAGAAUGAAGUCUCACCCACAGCUGGUGUCUGUGUGUGCCGGCCAUAUGUUGAAGGCUCGUCCUGUGACCGAUGCAAGCCCCUGUAUUGGAAUCUCUCUUCAGACGUGCUCUAUGGAUGCAUGAGCUGUGAUUGCAACACAGAGGGCACAUUGAGCACAGUAGCAGAAUGUUCCCAGAGUAAAGGCCAGUGUUUCUGCAAGCCGAAUGUCUGCAGUGAGACUUGCUCCACUUGCAAAGAUGGCUUCUACAAUCUGGAGAGAACAAACUAUUUUGGGUGUCAAGGCUGUCAGUGUGAUAUCGGAGGCUCAGAGGGGCUCUCAUGUGAAAAAAGAAAUGGAAGGUGCAGAUGUAGACCCAAUAUCGAAGGACCAAAAUGCACUCGGCCAAAGAGUAACCACUACUUCCCUGAUCUGCACCACCUGAAGUUUGAAAUAGAAGAUGGUACCAUGCUGGAUGGCAGGCCGGUUCGCUUUGGUUACAACCCGCUGGAGUUUGAGAACUUCAGCUGGAGAGGCUACGCACAGAUGUCUCCCAUUCAGCCAAAGGUGGUGGUGUCGGUGGUUGUGAACUCUCCCGACCUGUUUCACAUAGUCUUUCGCUAUGUCAGCCGGGGCUCCUCUCAUGUCAGAGGAAGGGUUUCGGUCCUGGAGGAGGGGAAGCAUGUGGUCUGCGCCAACUGCUCAGAUCAGUCCAAACAGAUCAUCUUUGCACCUAGUUCAGAGCCCUCCUUUGUGACUGUGCCUCAGAACAACUUUGUGGAACCUUUUGUCCUCAACCCUGGCACCUGGUCUGUUGUCAUCGAGGCUGAGGGCAUUCUGCUGGACUAUCUGGUGCUAUUGCCCAGUGCAUACUAUGAAGCCCCCAUCCUGCAGCUUAAGGUCACAGAGCCUUGCACCUAUGACCACUCUCCAGAAGCCAGCCAAAACUGCCUGCUCUACAAGUAUCUGUCCCUGGAUGGGUUUCCCUCAGCCCCAGGCAGGGAUGCCACCUGCAGAUUUGACAAUCACCUGCCCAGGCCCUGCCAGACGGAGAAGAUCACUCCUCACCACCCCUCCAUGGCCAUCUGCAGUGGAAACGACCUCAACGUGCAGUUCCGGAUCCCAGUUCCCAGGCCAGGCACCUAUGGCCUGGUGCUGGAGUAUGUGAACGAGGAUGAGUCUCUGCAGACGCUGACUGUGUCUGUGAACUCGCCAGGGGUGCAGACACAAGUGGAGAUCAUCAAACUGUACCACUGCAAGUACAGCUUCAUGUGCCGGGUUGUCUCCACUGACAGCAAGAAUCGAGUUGGUAUCUUUUCCUUGACAACAGAGGCAGAUGUGCAGUUUAUUGCAGACAGAGCCAACUUCUUCCUGCACAAGAUUUAUCUCAUCCCUCAUGAGCAGUUCACUAUGGAGUACGUGGAGCCCCGUGUGCACUGCAUCAGCACGCAUGGGACAUUCUCACCAGCCAACCUUGCCUGUGUCCCAUCCCGAUUCCAGACUCCCUCCCAGUCCAUCAUGCUAAGGGAAGGCCAAGCUUCUUCCGUCCCAGACUCCCUGCCCUUCUUCCACGAGUCGCAGGUCAUCCCUGCGGAAAGACCCGGCUGGGCGGAGCGCUCUGAGGAUCGGCUGCCCACUGCAGCAGACAACUCUGAGCACAUCCGCCUGGACCGUUCCCAGAACGCUGUGGUUUAUUCCACCCGUGUUCAGACUCUGGGCCGCUAUGUCUUCAUUCUUCACUAUCACCAGCCAGACCAUCCCACCUUCGCGGUCCAGGUCUUCCUCAACGCCGGCCGGGUCUGGCAGGGCUUUGCCAAUGCUACAUUCUGCCCACAUGGCUACGGCUGUCGCAGUACCCUGAGCUCGGAAAAUAAAAUCAUCCUGGAUGUGACGGACAAUGAUGUGUUUCUAACCAUCCGUGUGCCUGAUGGAAGAACUCUGUGGAUGGAUUACGUUCUGGUUGUCCCCGAAGGAAGCUACAACCCUAGCUACCUCACAGAGGAACCCCUGGACAAAUCAUACGACUUCAUCAGUAAUUGUGGUUUGGACAGUUUUUACAUCAACCCCACGGCGUCCUCUCCCUUCUGCAAGAACUCGGCCGUUUCUCUGUCGGCGUUCUUCAACAGCGGCGCCCAGCCCUGCGGCUGCCACGAGGCGGGGGCGGAGGCCGCCGCGUGCGAGCCCUUCGGCGGGCAGUGCCGCUGCCGGCCCAGCGUCAUCGGGAGGGACUGCUCGCGGUGCGCCACGGGCCACUGGGGCUUCCCCAACUGUCGACCGUGCCAGUGCGGGACGCGGCUGUGUGACGAGGUGACGGGAGAGUGCAUCUGCCCGCCGCGCACCAUCGUGCCGGAGUGCAUCGUCUGUCAGCCGCAGACGUUCGGCUGCCACCCGCUCGUCGGGUGCGAGGAGUGCAACUGCUCCCGGCCUGGCAUUUCCGGGCUCACUGACGACGGCUGCGACCGGGAGAGCGGGCAGUGCAGGUGCAAGACAAACAUUAUUGGGCGCCGGUGUGACCACUGUGCCCCUGGUUUCUAUGGUUACCCCAACUGCAGACCUUGUGACUGCAGUGAAGCUGGCACGGAGUCAGGAAUCUGUGACUCUGUCACCGGGCAGUGCCUGUGCAAGGAGAACGUGGAAGGUGUGAGGUGUGACCAGUGUCGAGUGGGCACCUUCCUCCUGGACCCCAGCAACCCCAAGGGCUGCACCAGCUGCUUCUGCUUUGGCGCCACGGAUCGCUGCCGCAGUUCCGAGAAGCGCCGCGUCGAGCUGAUGGAUAUGAAUGGCUGGAUUCUUCUGAGCGGAGAACGCCAGGAGGUUCCCAUCUCCACACACCUGGAGCGCAGCCUGGUGGAGGCGGACCUGCAGGACGUGCCUGAUGUCUAUCAGGAGCUUCACUGGCAUGCUCCACACAGCUACCUGGGAGAUAAGGUUUCCUCCUACGGAGGGUUUUUGCAUUACAGGCUGCUCUCCCAGACUCAGCCCACCAGGGGGGAUGGGCUGUCUCUUCCCGCUGAAGCUGCGCGGCCUGAUGUCAUCCUGAAGGGGAACCAGAUGACAUUGGUGUACCUGGAGAAAGAGUAUGCUGCUCCUUGGAUGCCUCACGAAGGGCGCGUCCACCUGGUUGAGGGGAGCUUCCGCCACGCUCGGACGGGCAACGCGGUCUCGCGGGAGGAGCUGAUGAUGGUGCUGGUGGGGCUGGAGGGGCUGCAGAUCCGGGCGCUGCACUCCCAGUCCUCCCUGGUGGUGUCUCUGCAGCGGGUCGUGCUGGAGCAGGCCUCGCACUCGCCCACAGGAACCCCGGCCAGCAACGUGGAGAUCUGCUUGUGCCCGGCCAGCUAUCACGGAGACUCCUGUCAGGAGUGUGCUCCAGGUUAUUAUCGGGACACCAAAGGGCUUUUCCUUGGGAAGUGUGUUCCCUGCAACUGUAAUGGCCACUCGGACCAGUGCCUGCAUGGCUCAGGAACCUGUGUAAACUGCCAGCACAACACCGAGGGAGACCACUGUGAGAAGUGUAAGACUGGUUUCCUUGGCAACUCCACCAAUGGACAGUCCCAGAUCUGUACCGGCUGCCCCUGCCCGCUGCAGGUGACCUCCAACAAUUUUGCAAUUGGGUGCGUCGAGAGAACGAGCAGGAUGCAGUGUCUGUGCAUGCCAGGAUAUGCUGGCUCAAAGUGCGAAAGGUGUGCUCCUGGUUUCUAUGGCAACCCCAUGGUGAUUGGCAGCUCGUGCCGUCCUUGCCAGUGCAACGACAACACCGAUCCCAACAUGCUUUUCAGCGACUGUGACUCGCUCACAGGGGUCUGCCAUGGCUGCAUGCACAACACCGCUGGCCCUCACUGCGAGAUCUGUGCGCCGGGAUACUUUGGGGAUGCUGUGGUGGCCAAGAACUGCACCAAGUGCGACUGUUCGCCCUGUGGCACAUCGUCCUGCGACUCUCACACCGGACAAUGCCACUGCAAGCCUGGCGUGACCGGUCCCCUAUGUGACCGCUGUGAGGAGAGUUUCUAUGGCUACGAGUCCUGCGCAGGGUGCCGGCGGUGUGACUGCAGUGCCGCCGCCGCCCUCACCCAGGGCUGUAACCCUCAGAGCGGAGAGUGCUCCUGCCAGCCGGGGGUGAACGGGCCCCAGUGUCUGCAGUGCGCCCCUGGCUUCUGGGACUACAAGCCCAGCGGCUGCAAGAAAUGCCACUGUAAAGGUGGGUCAUGUGAUCCCCGCACAGGAGAAUGCAGGUGUAGCAAUGGGCUGACCGGAAAGCAGUGCGACACCUGCGCUGAGAGUUACCACAUCCCUGUGGUCAACGGAGCUGACUCCCUGCAGUGUCAGCCCUGUGACAGCUGCGUGAUCGUGCUGUUGGAAGACCUGGACAAAAUGACUGGCCUGUUCCUGACCAUCAGGGGUCAGCUGACCAACCUCAACGCCAGUUCCAUUGCCUGGACUCGCCUGCAGGCGCUGAACGACUCCGUUAACAAUGUGACUAAUUACCUCUUUGACUAUAACAACUCAUUGGAUAGCCACAAGAUGAAGGCAGAUGAGCUGGAGAAUGAGGCCAUGAAUCUCUCUGCAGAUCUGGAUGUUCUGAAGGAUAAGGCGACAGAGACAAGCAGGAAAGCUGAGACAAUGGAAGAGGAUGUGGCACUAACACACAAGAGAGCUGAGGAACUACUGAAUCAGACCCGGGGAACCCUGAGAAACAUUGAAGAUCUUAUAAGGCAGGCAAACAGAACUGCGCUGAAUGACAGCAGCAGUGAAUCGGCAGAGGGGCUCAGCAGGAAGUUGGCAGAGGUGGAGGAGAUGCUGAGGGAGAUGAGGGACAGAGUUUUCUCCAUUCAGACGGAAAAGGCAGGGAAAGAACUAAAAGAAGCCAAGAACUUAAUGGAGCGCAUGCAGAAUGAGCUGGUGAGCCGCCUGAAUGACAACGAGGAACUGGUGAAAAGCAUCAGGGACAAGCUGGGCAAGUUCAAUGCCAAGCUCAUGGACCUCCGUGAUGCACUGAACGAGGCUGUCAACAAGACUGCCCAAGCAGAGGAGCUCAACAACCUCAACAGGAACAGGCUGGAGGACAACAGGGAAAAGAUUGAGGAACUUGAAGGCAGGAAAACGGAAGUUCAGCAGCUCCUUCAAAUGGCUGAAGAGGCUGUGGCUCAAGUCAACGAUCUCCUGUCCAUGCUUCAGGAGAACAAAGAGGAAUAUGAGAGACUGGCAGCCCAGCUGGAUGGAGCCAGGAUACCCUUGAUAGAGAAGGUGCAGAAAUUUGGUCCGUCCAUCAACAAGAUCGAACUGGUGGAGGAAGCCGAGAGACACGCCAUGCUGCUGGAUGAGCUGGCCCGGAACCUCUCUAGGGUUAUCAUGGACACAAACCAAGAUGGCUUCAUCCAGAGGGCCAUUAACGCAUCCAAAGCCUACUCCAGCAUCAUCGAGGCUGUCCGCAAUGCAGAGAAGGCUGCCAACGAUGCCAACCAAGCCGCAACAGAAGCUCUGAAGAAUGUGAUGUCUGAAGAUACUGGGUCGAAAGCAGAGAGGCUGAAAAACAAAAGCAAUAGUCUGGAGGAGAAGGCGAAGACAGUGGAGAAAAAACUUUUAAAUGACCUGAAACCGCAGCUCCAAGCAGCAAAGAAAAGACUACAAGAUGUCCAACGCAAACAGAGGCAGCUGCUGAAAAACUUGGAAGCUGCUCAGAGGAGUCUUAACUUUAGCAGAGAAGAGACAGCAGAGGAUAUUGCAAAGGCCAAGUUAGCCGCGGCAGAGGCCAAUAAUACUGCCGCAAAUGUGGAGAAAGCUCUCAGCCCCAUGAAGCAGCAGCUCGAGCAGUGGAAGAAGCAGUAUGGGAAUGCCAGCGAGACGAGCAUGGAUUUCAACACUGCCUUCCAGGAGGCCAACAAGUCCGUGGGAAUGCUGGGAGACACCAUCCCCUUGCUCAUAAAGAAGCUGGAUAGCUUGCAGAGCCGCUCGAUCCAGAUGCCCAACAUUUCGGAAAACAUCCAGCGAAUCCGGCAACUCAUCUCCCAAGCCCGGAACGCUGCAAGUAAGGUGAACGUGCCCAUGAAGUUUAAUGGCACUGCAGGUGUACAGGUCAGAAAUCCCAGCAACCUCGCAGAUCUCACAGCCUACACAUCCCUCAAGUUCUACAUCACUCUGCCAGAGGCCCCCUCCAAGCGCCAGACAGAGCCCACCAAGCAGUUUGUUUUCUACCUUGGCAAUAAAAACGCAACAAAGGAAUUCCUUGGCAUGGCACUGGAGGGAAAGCAGCUGAAGUGGCUGUACAAUGUUGGUGGCGAGACGGCUGUGGUCGAACUAAACCAAGAUAUCAGCUCUGGCACGUUUGACGCUGUCAAACUGGAAAGGAUCUUGCAGUUUGGCCAGAUAGAGCUCUCUGUGAAGGGAACGGUUACACAGGUGACUAAGCAGAAUGACAGGGCAAGGGGCGACAGUGGGCUGCUACACCUGCCCCCUGAUGAGACUGUGUUUUAUGUGGGCGGCUACCCUCCGAGCUUCACGCCUCCUCGUGAACUCCAGCUGCCCAAUUUCAAAGGCUGUAUUGUGCUAGAUACCCUGAAUCAAGAGGUCCUGAGUCUGUACAACUUUGAGCAGACCUUCGAUCUCAACACUGCCAUAGACCGGCCCUGUGCAAGGUCUAAGUAUGUGCCAGAGCAGUGGGUCGAUGAUGGGGCCCACUUUGAUGGAACUGGAUAUGCCAAGAUUGAUUUCCGAGCUGACGGCGGCCCAACCAGGCGCUUUGAGCAGGAGAUCAAAGUGCUGUCUUACAAUGCUGUCCUGCUCUUGUUUCAGAAAGAGGACCAGUUCCUCUGUUUGGCAGUUGUUGAUGGAGAGCUUAAGGUUUACUAUGAUUUCAAUGGAGGAAUGCAGGACAUCAAGCCAGAAAAAGACAAAUCUGCCCGGAUCAGUGAUGGCAAAUCCAGACAGCUGGAGAUCAUCCUCCAUCAGACAAGCAGCGGCACAAAAGUGAUUGUCCGUAUUGAACGAGCAAGCAUCUUCAUCAAACAGUUUGAUAAGCCCUUCCCGCAGUUCAACGAUUUCUAUUACCUGGGCGGAGUCCCCCAGGACAAGAUGCCAGAGGGAUUGAAGGCACUGUUCCCAAAUCGGGGCUCCUUCAAGGGCUGCCUCAGGAACGUCAAGGCUCUUGGCAAAUACGUCGACCUCAAACGAACAAACAGCUCUGGGGUCAGCUAUGGGUGUUCCCCCGACUUGCUGGUCGUGCGGGGGGCAGAGUUCUCUGGACAAGGUUACCUCAGCCUCUCCUUGGAAAAUGUCCCCAGUCUGCAGGAUAAUUUCUACGCCGGAUUUGGCUUCAGGACAAGCCAGAAAGAUGGACUUAUGUUUUAUCAUGAGGCUCAGGAUGGAGUCUGUGAAGUCUAUCUUAAAAAUGGGCUUGUGGUUGCAAAGUCAGUCAAUGCUGAAGUAAGGAGCAAAAUGAUCUAUAAUGACGACAGUAGUCAUUAUGUGUCUUUAUACAGCAACAGCAGUGGGUUGCUUCUCUAUGUGGAUGAUGACUUGAUGAAGACUGGGCCUGUGCAGCCAAAAAGGUCCAGACACCGCCGGCAGACACAGCUGGGGAGCUUCUAUCUCGGUGGCUCCCCGGCCUCCGGCAGUGCCCCCAACCUCACAGGGUGCAUCAGCAACCUGUUUGUCAAACGGAAUCAGAUCUUGCAAGAGGUGGUGGAUUUGCUCCAGUCACAUCUCGUAAACGUGUCUUUGAACUGCGCAAACAGGAGGAAGCCCUUGCCGAUGUGGGCGUCUCCAAGAGGCCACAAAGCUUCUAAGGUCCAUUCCCAGGCAUCCUUAAAUGUGCCCAGGAAUCGCAGUGUGAGGGGGUCUUGCCAAACAGAGCAACCUAGACGCAUCACAGCAGGACUGCAGUUCAGUGGUUCCAUGACAAGCCAUCUAGAAUUCAGCACCACGCCAGUGGAUUUCAAGACAAGAUUCCACUUUUCAAUGGACAUCCAUCUGAACUCUUCGGAUGGUCUGAUACUCUACAUCUCCGGAGAGAAGGAGCACAAUGUCAUGACUCUGUCUGUGGUCAACGGGCACUUCGUCCUGAUGGUAGAUGGUGGAAGAAGGAAGAAGACUGAAAUCAGAAGCAAUAAGAAUUACAAUGAUGGACUGUGGCACACAGUGUUUGUCAAGAAAGAGAAGGAUAAAGUCCGCAUUGUGACCGAUGGACUGGAUGUCCAAUCAAAAAGGCUUCCAGGUGGUGCAAGGAUGUCACUCAGCUCACCUUUUUACGUAGGUGGGAUCCCAGCAGGAAAAAGCAGGAAACUCUCAGCUGUUGAGGGGCGCGGUUUUGUGGGCUGUAUCAAGGGGAUGAAGCUGGACAACGUGCCCCUGGAUCGCCCCUCCCGUUCACUGGGGGUGGUACCUUGCUAUGAGAAGAGUCUGCAGCCAGGGGUGUACUUUGCCAGCGAAGGAGGGCAUCUCACUCUUGAUGACUCCUUUGUAACUGGUCAGGACUUUGAGGUGGUUCUGGAGGUCAAGCCUGUAACCAGCACAGGCUUGCUGCUUCAUAUCGGAAAGAAUAAAGGACAGUUUGUCUCCCUCUACAUGGCAAACGGCGAGGUUCUUUUCACGGUCGACAAUGGUGGAGGAGCGUUCUCGGCUUCGCUGAUCCCAGAGGAAUCCCUUUGCAAUGGGAACUGGCACCAUAUUGCAAUUGUCAAGAAAAACAACGUCAUCCAGCUGGAUGUGGACUUGGAAAGCAAUCACACAGUUGGCCCGCGAGGAUCGGUUUCGUCACGGACUAGAGCGAUGGCGUAUUUAGGAGGCGUGCCAGAUACAGUUAAACUUCCUGGCCUACUUUCCCCCAUGCCCUCGUUCCACGGCUGCAUAAGAAGAGUUGUCAUGAACCAGCUCCCUAUAGAUUUAUCCAGGCCAGUAUCUAUAUACGGUGCAGUUGGCCUUAAAGGAUGUCCAGUUGUAUGAAUAUGGAAAUGCUUACCUUGUUCAUAGGAUUUUUAUGUUUUCACGCUUGGGUGAUGGGGCUCUUUGAAAGCAUAGGUUAAUUUAAAUAUUUAUAAUUUUAUUGAUCUUUAAUUUUAUUCUGAACAUCACUGAAGUUAUUUUCAAGAUUUCAAACCUACACUAUUAAUCAAACCUAUGCAAAUAAAAGGGGGGGUGCGGGCUUAGGAACAUGGGACAUUUUUUUUUUCAAAACUGUGGCUAUUUCCUUCUCUGUAACUGCAGUGGUGUUGGAAGCGCUCAGUUAUCCUAAAUUAAAUCCUUAUUAAGUCCGGCAGCUCAGAGAUCAUUCUUUUAAAAAGAACAUUUCAUCUGCCACAUUAGAAGGACUGAAACAUUUUGAACUGGACAAAAAGCAGUGCUGCUCAAACAGGGUUUUGCCUUCUUUUGUUUGGUGUGACUCCGUUAAACUCGUUGCCUUUCUCCCACCAGGUCCACACCUGCACUGCCACCUAUUUGCUGUAUUUUAAUUGUGAAUUUAUAUUGCUUUGUUUGGUAUAAUGGGAUAAUAUUAUAGAAGAGGGUAAGAAAGACUGGUCUAUAUAUGUCAUUUUUAUUUCAACCUGAAACAAAUCAAAUCAAAUGCCAUUCCCAAAUCAAGAGUACAGAGUUGAUAAGCUUGUGGUUAUCCAAAUCGUCCAAAUAAAAAUCCUUGUGACUAAGAAAA